UUCAAGACUGGCGAUCAACGGCGCGAUGAGAAGUCGUGAGACCGGCUACGCUGUCCCGCAGGGCGGCCUCCUAUCAGAGCAUGCGACAUGUUGAUGUUCUGUCCGACCUGCGCCAACAUCCUGACCAUUGAGGAGGGCCGCGACUGCUACCGCUUCGCCUGCGCCACCUGUCCGUACGUGCACAACGUGCGCCGUAAGGUCGGCAGCCGCACGUACCCCAAGUUGAAGGAGGUGGACGACGUGCUGGGAGGCGCCGCCGCCUGGGAAAACGUCGACUCAACGGCCGAAACGUGCCCCAAGUGCGGCCACGGGCGCGCCUUCUUCAUGCAGAUCCAGACGCGCUCGGCCGACGAGCCUAUGACCACGUUCUACAAGUGCUGCAGCCCCCCGUGCGGCCAUCGCUGGAAGGACUAGUCGACGCCGGCCCUCCCGCCGCGUGCGCGCUGCGCUGGAUGCGAGCUCCGCUGUCACUGCUAACCUGUCGGAGCCUGUCGGCCCGUGCGAGCCCUCUCAUCCCGCCGUCGAGCGCGCGCGGCCGCUGCGCCGCC